AUGGACUUUAGUUUCAUAGCUUUCGCCCCGCUAUUCAUUCCUGCCAAUUGCACCCAAGCAACGCCUUGUCAGAAUUCCUUGUCAACUAUUCUCUUAAUCCGGAAUCUGGUCGAAGAAGUUACAACCUAUGAUAAUAAUUUAAUCUUUAGAUUUAUCCGCAUCAAUCCCGACCACAUGGACCGAUCGUUCCUAUUUCUGAAAAGCUCGUGA